CGGUGGACAAAAAAAUUAGCUGACAUUCCGAUCAGCUGUGAGAGGGAGACCCGGGAUCGGAUUUUUCCCCCCAGUGCAAACGACCAUCCUGCAAAAUUCAACAACAGACAUGGGUCGUCUACUGAUCCUCCACCUCCGGUAUGUCCUGCUGAUCGUCAUGCUGGCCUGUCAGUGUCCUGCAGUCAGCGGGCUGUUUGAGUGGCUGAGGCAGGCAACGCCUCCUCCAGCUGCUCCACCACCACCAGCAGCAGCAGUGGCUCCAGCACACCUUGCAAAGGAUGCUGAGUUUGAGAUGGCUACUGCAGAUGAGAAGUUUUUGGCUGAUGCAAAGCAGAUGGAGCUCAGCCCGUUGGACAGCUGUCAUUACAGGGUGGUCGCUCGACUGAAGGCGAGCUGUGCAAGCCUCUCAGAGGAGCAGCUCGCAAAGCUCGGAGUGGUACUGUUUAACUGCCAGGCAGAGAUUGAGGGACGCCGGACCUACCCAUGUACAGACAACAUGUCUAUAAAAGAGUGCACAGCAGACAUGGACUCAGACACAUGGAAUGCUUACCACAUAGUGAGCAACCGAGCUCGCUCUGUUUGCUAUGCAGCUCGUCAGCAGCUCUUCCGGCACAGAGCAGAGCACACGGUCAACGCUCUCAUCUCCACAGCCACCAGCCAGCUCGAAGCGAUGAAGGACCUGAAGGAGGGCCAGUUGGAGUUGAGGGAACUGACUGCAACCUCCUUGGACAAGGUGCUGGAGGGCCACAGCGCUCUGCAGGCCCAGCAGGGUAAACUCUAUGAAGGCCAGGAGCAAAUGGAGAGUUCACUGAAGGACAACCUGGAGCGUCUGGGUCAGGAGAAGGCCCUCAUUGCCUCUGGACAAGAGCUGGUAGCCCAGCUUAUUCAGGGCAUCACAAAGAAAAUGGAGAAUGUGAGUGAGCAUCUGCAAAUUCAAGGCUCCGAGGUGCAGGACAACCACAAGGCGAUUGUUAAGGACCUCGCAGACGUCAGACACCAAGCUCAAGACAUCUACCACAAAAUUGAUGACAGCAUGGUGGAGUUUCUGCAGUACCAGGACCAGACCUCACAGUACUACACGGACCUGAUGUACAAACUGGAGCGCAUGAACAGCACACUGGGAGUCAUGCUGCACUACAUCGAUAACAUGCAGAGCCGGAUCGAGGAAAGGCUUCACAUGAUCCAGGGCUACCUUGGAUGGGCAGGUUUGAGCCUAACGGCCAUGUGGACUUGCAUUGCACAUACGGGCUACUUCGUACUGUGUGCAGUCCUGCUGACGUUCCUGCGUUGUCCGGGUUUCUCUCGAGCGACGCUGCUGUUCACUGUGCCUCUUAAUGCAGUGGCCGAGCUCAACCAGCAGCCAGCACUGGAUCUCACCAGCCUCAGCCUGCUGCUGCUCACUCUGUCUCUGGGUCACUGGUUUGUGAAUCAGCUGUGGGCGUGCUUCCAGAGCAGAGGAAAGCCAUCUGUCCCGCUGCCACUGGCCCCGUGUGACAUUGUGGAGCCAGUGAAGCAGCCAGGUUCAUCCUGCCACUCAUAUCCACCAUCUUCCACACCACAGAGAGAUGAGAAGGACGGAUUCAUGGAGCAAGACGACCUGCUGAAUCAGGACAGCUUCAUAUCAGGCGACCUCGGCAUAUCAGCAGUGUCUCCCCCUCACAGGAAGCCAAUGCCAGAGUCCAGGUUUAUGCCAAUAAUUGGCUCAUCCAGUCACUCCACUCCCAGGUUUACACCACAGCCAGUUCUUUCAGCGGUGAGCAAAUCGGCUCUGAUUGAUGAUAUACCCCUGAGGAACCUGGGAGGUGUUUUUGAUGCAGUGAACGAUUCACGUGAUUUAGAGAAUGACUCGCGAAGUGCCAGCCCUGCCCCGUCGCUAGUUAGCAACACCUCUCUGUCCGGCCGUCAGCUGUGCAAUGGAAUCACGAAAACAGGGAAGCCCUGUAAGAAAAGAGCCGUGCCGGGGCAGGAGUACUGCAGAGUCCACGAAGGGGGGCACAUCUCCUACAUUCACUCCUGAAAAUGCUCAACUUCCCUUCACAGCCUGUUCAACUCUUUUCUGCCAAAAAACUGUUAUGAAGUGUUCAUGUCUCUUUGUAGAUUAGCUCUUUGCUUUGCUUUAAGAUUAAGUUUGCUAAACAGGGGCUUUGGUUAGAGAUUUUUUUAAACCUACUUUUAUAUUUUUAUUGCCAUAUUUUAAAUGUUCAUUUUUAACUUAAU